AUGAGCCAUUCAAGUGAGGACAGUUUGGAAGUGAAGCAGACAACAAAAGCAGCUAUUUCUGACUUCCAAACAUGGGAGAAGACAAAGAAGUUUGUGGUAUACAAAGUGAUAGUCAAUUGUGAUGGGCGGUCAUGGUUCAUCUUCCGAAGAUAUAACGAAUUCCACGCAUUGUACGAGAAG